AUGCAAAUUAAAACUAUACUGAGUGACGAGGCCUGCGGGCAGGAGCAGCAGGCGCCUGGGCCUCAGCCGUGCCGCCUCCUUACGGUGACCAGCGUGGUGCAGACAGUGUACACCCUGCAGCCCCGUUCUGUGCUGAGCAGCGGCGUGCCCGCAGACCCACAAACUCGAGCCACUUCUAAGAGCCUGUGACCUGUUAAGUCCAAAGAAGUUGAUGUUUCCACUCACUCAGGAGGUUCCGAGAAUGACGUUACCAGAGUCAUCAGACCGAGACGCGAGAACGGGCAGGUGAAAGCUACAGACACUGCCACCAGGAGGGACAUCAGGAAGAGCUACAAGCCACUGAGGGAGCAGAAAUCAGAGGAAGAGCUCAAGGAUAAGAACCAGCUCUUAGAGGCUGUCAACAAGCAGCUGCCCCAGAAAUUGACUGAAACUCAGGGAGGGCUGAAGGACCUGACCCAACAAGUGGAGCUGCUAGAGAAGUUUCAGGACAACUGUUUGGCAGUUUUGGAGAGCAAGGGCCUCAAGCCAGGCAGUGAGACCCUGGCGUCACAGCAAGACUCUGCCACGGAUCACGCGGACUCGAUGUUGCUGUUAGAAACUUUGCAAGAUGAACUGAAGCUUUUUAACGAAACAGCCAAAAAGCAGAUGGCGGAGUUACAGGCCUUAAAGGUAAAGCUGAAGGUGAAAGAAGAGAGGGCCCAGUUCCUAGAACAACAGACCUUGUGUAACAGUCAAGUAAAUGAUUUUACAACAGCCCUUGAAGAAGUAGAGCAGCUAUUAGAAAUGUGA